CGGCCACGCCCUCUUCCUGAUCGGUUCUUCAUAUAAAGAUCAACCCGCCUCCGCUUCAGUCCACUUCAGCCUCCAUCUGUUUCCUGCUUCAGCUCAACUUCAGCUCAACAUGGGGAACUUGGUGGCAAACCAGGGACUGUCUGUCAUCGUGAUCUUGGUGUGGUUGGGGAUCAACGCGUUCCUCUUCGUCCACUUCUACAUGGCCUUUCUGACUCCGAGGUGGUUUUACACCAGAGUUCUACUGGGACAUGCUUUGUCCUGGGCUCGAGCUCCGGCCGCCGCCCUCAACUUCAACUGCAUGUUGAUCCUUCUGCCGGUCUGCAGGAACCUGCUGUCCUUCCUGCGUGGAUCCAUCCAGUUCUGCAGCCGAACAGCAGCCAGACAACUGGACCGAAACCUGACCUUCCACAAACUGGUGGCAUAUAUGAUCGCCUUCCAUACAGCUGUCCACAUCAUCGCCCACCUCUUUAACUUUGAGUUCUUCUGGGACGCUCAGCUGACGAACGACACCAGUUCUCUGCCCUACGUUCUGUCGCAGAUCGGUAACAACGACAAUGCCUCCUUCCUGAACCCCAUACGGAACAACCACACGAGCCCCACCCUCAUCACCUUCACCACGAUUGCCGGCCUGACAGGCGUGGCCAUCACGCUGGCGCUCAUCCUCAUCAUCACGUCGUCCAUGGAGGUCAUCCGCAGGUCGUACUUUGAGGUCUUCUGGUACACACACCACCUGUUUGUCAUCUUCUUCAUGGGCCUGGUCUUCCACGGCUACGGUCGUAUCGUUCGAGGACAGACGGUGUCCAGUCUGCGGACCAACCAGCCUGAGCGCUGCUUCAACCACUCGGACACCUGGGGGGAGGACGGAUCGGACUGUGCCGUCCCAGAGUUUGCAGGAAACCCUCCAGGGACGUGGAAGUGGGUCCUCGCUCCCAUGAUCCUCUACGUCUGCGAGAGACUCGUUCGCUUCUAUCGAUCGCAUCAGAAGGUCGUCAUCACCAAGGUGGUCAUGCACCCGUCCAAAACCCUGGAGCUGCAGAUGAAGCGGAAGGGCUUCAGGAUGGAGGUGGGACAGUACGUCUUCAUCCAGUGUCCUUCGGUGUCCCGGUUGGAGUGGCACCCCUUCACCCUGACCUCGGCCCCAGAGGAGGACUACUUCAGCGCCCACAUCCGCAUCGUCGGGGACUGGACCGAGGCCCUGUACCAGGCCUGUGGAGGGGACCGCACUGAGCCCCAGGAGGCCUGGAAACUGCCCAAGGUGGCCAUCGACGGUCCCUUUGGAACUGCCAGUGAGGACGUGUUCCGGUACGAGGUGGUCAUGUUGGUCGGGGCUGGGAUCGGUGUGACCCCCUUCGCCUCCAUCCUGAAGUCAGUCUGGUACAAACACAUCCAGAAGAACCAGGAGGUCUACACCAAGAAGAUCUACUUCUACUGGCUCUGUCCAGAGACCCAGGCCUUUGAAUGGUUCGCAGACCUGCUCCAGUCCCUGGAGGGUCAGAUGAACGACAAGGGCAUGAGCGACUUCCUGAGCUACAACAUCUACCUGACCCGCUGGAAGGAGACAGAGGCCGCUCAUUUCCGAGUCCACCACGAGGCGGAGAAUGACCCCAUAACGGGCCUCAAACAGAAGACGCUGUAUGGAAAACCCAACUGGGACAACGAGUUCACCAACAUCUCAACCAAGCACCCGGGGACUAAAGUGGGCGUGUUCCUGUGUGGCCCCCCCCAGCUGGGAAAAGCCCUGGAGAAACAGUGUCUGUCCCACUCUGAGGCCGACACCCAGUUCAUCUUCAACAAGGAGAACUUCUAGAAGCAGCUGAAGCCCCUGAAGCCUCUUUAGUGUUGAGUUCAAGUGUCCACUGAAGAUUCAACACAUGCAUUCAUAUGAGGCGUUCAGGGCCCACAGCACUAAUAGGAAUAAACAGAACCAGCUCUUCUGCUACAGUCUGUCCUUCUACGAGCUUCAGCCUUUAGGGUUAGGGUUCUAAACCUGUUAGGGUUAGGGUUCUAAACCUGUGGACUAAACAGACCCAGGUUUAAUGUAAAACACCAACAGUUUCUCAGGUUGGACUGUUUCCACACGGACCGCUGCUUCUGCUUUUGUUUCUGCUUCUGCUUUUUUUUGGUCAAAGUGCUGCUUAAGAAACAGAUGUUACUCAGUUUGAGAACGUUUGUGAAAAUGUUUAAGAACUGAAGGAAGAGAAGAACUUCAUUUGCAUGUAGUCCAGGGUUAGGGUUAAGGUAAGAGUUAAGGUUAGGGUUAGUCCAGAAAAUAGAAGACAUCAAGGUUAAAGGUGCUGGAGACUUUCAUGAGUUUUUCCUCAGAUGUGUCUAAACUCAGUCCUGUCCUCAGUAUCAUCAGUCUGUUUGUCUGUCGUGCAUUGUGCAAACCUCCGUUUCCUACAAUGCAUGUCACGACAAAAAAAUUCCUCAGAUGUUCCAGUUCCCUCCCUGUCUGAAUGUAAACACAUGGUUUGUUUGUGGUGGAUGGAACUAAAAAAGUGUUCACUGUUAAUGCAAGAGAUUCAGCUGAGGAACGACAGACAGACAAACAGACAAAUGAAACUGAGGAUAUGAGUGAGGAUGGACAGAACUGAGGAAACACUGGUCAUGAAAGUCUCCAGCACCUUUAAGGUUAGGGUUAGUUAAGGUUAGGGUUGACUUCAGUUUCGAGUGUACAGUCCAGGUUAAUGAACUGUAAUUCUUUCCUAAACAUGAGUGGAUGUCACACACACAAAUACACACACAGUUCAUCCAUUAAACAAAGAACCAGUGGAAGCUGUUUGUUACAAAUGUUUUCAUGUUUAUUAUCGUUCAUUAAACCACUGCUGUACACAGAACAUGUUUACUAUCGCUCAUUAAACCACUGCUGU